CAGCUGCAGCUGUGUGUGUCCACCAGCUCGUGGUCGGACGGCUUCUCUCUGGACACGGUGGGGAGUUACGGCUGCGUGCGCUGUCCCGCCACCAACAUGGACUUCCUGGUGGGCGUCAGUAUCCAGGUGAGCAGCUUCAACCUGACGCGUGUCGUCACCUUGAGUCCGUUCUUCACGCUGGUGAACCGCUCGGCGCUCGAGCUGGAGGUGGGCGAGCUGCAGGGCGACGCCCACGCCGCCACCAGGUGGCACUACAUCUCCUCCACUGAGUGUCUGCCGCUGUGGCCGGAGAGCACUGUGGGGAAGCUGUGUGUCCGUGUGGUCGGCUCUGAGUCCUCCUCCAAAUCUUUCUUCUUCAACAAGCAGGACAACGGCACGCUGCUCAGCAUGGAGCAGUAUGGAGGCAUCAUCGUGGACGUGAACAUCUCUGAUCACUCCACUGUCAUCAGUUUCUCUGAUUACUAUGACGGCGCGGCGCCCGCCCUCGUGGUCAACCACACGCCCUGGGUCACCAUCAGCUACAGCCAGAGUGGCUCCUCGGUCACCCGGCAGCUGAAGCCCGGUGAGGCUCAGCGGUUUUCGUGGGAAAACCCGGCGGGCGUCCGGACUCUGAGCUGGAGCUGCUUGAACCAAUCAGGAGAGCUCGACCUGCUCAAGGACGAGUGCGGCCAGUUUGCCUGCGACAGCCUGUCCCAGGUGCACUGGGUGUCCUUCCUGGACGGGCGGCAGCGGGUGCUGCUCUUCACCGAGGACGUCGCCGUGGUGACGAAGGCGCGGCAGGCGGAGGAGCUGGAGCAGUUCCAGCAGGAAGUGACGGUGUCGCUGCAGAACCUCGGCCUGUCGCUCAUCAACAACGUCAGCCGGCAGGAGAUCGCCUACGUCGGCAUCACCAGCUCGGGCGUGGUCUGGGAGAUGAGGCCUCGGAGCCGCUGGAAGUCGUUCAGCCAGAAGAACAUCAACCUGCUGGAGAAGGCCUACCAGAACCACCUGGCCGGGAAGAGCCAGGGGGGCUGGGUCUGCCUGGAGACCAGGGUGGAGGUGAACUUCAGCAAGGUGCCCAUGAUGAUGCGUCAGCCGUAUUCCUGUCCGGUGAGGAGGAACUUCCUGUCUGGGAUCCAGGUGGAGUUCAAACAGUCGCCGCACCAGAGGAGCCUGAGGGCCCAGCUGCACUGGCUGCAGGUGGACAACCAGCUGCCUGGAGCCAUCUUCCCCAUCGUGUUUCACCCUGUUCCUCCUCCAAAGUCCAUCGCUCUGGACUCAGAGCCGAAGCCCUUCAUCGACGUCUCCAUCAUCACCCGCUUCAACGAGCACAGCCAGGUCACACAGUUCAAGUACUUCAUGGCUCUGGUGCAGGAGAUGGCAGUGAAGAUCGAUCAGGGUUUUCUUGGAGCCAUUUUGGCCGUUUUCACACCAGCCGCCGACCCGCAGGACGACAGACAGAGGACUAAGCUGAUAGAGAAGGACCUGCAGAUGCUGCAGGCGGAGCUGAUGGAGGCGUCGCUGACCGACACGUCAGGCCUGAGCUUCUUCGAGCACUUCCACAUCUCCCCCAUCAAGCUGCACCUCAGCCUCUCUCUGGGCAGCAGCGGCGACGACUCGGCGUCUCAGGAGCCGGCGGCCAUGCAGUCGCUCAACCUGCUGCUGAAGAGCAUCGGAGCCACGCUGACCGACGUGGACGACCUCAUCUUCAAGCUGGCCUUCUUCGAGGUGAAGUACCAGUUUUACCGCAGGGAGAAGCUGAUGUGGGCGGUGGUCCGGCACUACACCGAACAGUUCCUGAAGCAGAUGUACGUUCUGGUUCUGGGUCUGGACGUGCUGGGAAACCCGUUUGGACUGAUCCGAGGUCUUUCUGAGGGAGUGGAGGCCUUCUUCUACGAGCCGUUCCAGGGUGCUGUGCAGGGACCGGAGGAGUUUGCAGAGGGUUUUGUCAUUGGAGUUCGCAGCCUGCUGGGCCACACAGUCGGUGGCGCUGCAGGCAUGGUGUCCAGGAUCACGGGCUCGGUGGGGAAAGGCCUGGCGGCGAUCACCAUGGACAAAGAAUACCAGCAGAAACGCCGGGAGGAGAUGAACCGCCCGCCGCGAGACUUCGGAGAGAGUCUGGCCAAAGGAGGCAAAGGACUGCUGAAGGGCGUCGUCGGAGGAGUUACCGGCAUCGUCACCAAACCUGUGGAAGGGGCGAAGAAGGAGGGCGCCGCCGGCUUCUUCAAAGGCAUCGGGAAGGGGCUGGUGGGCGUGGUGGCCCGGCCCACCGGAGGCAUCGUGGACAUGGCCAGCUCCACCUUCCAGGGCAUCCAGAGGGUGGCAGAGUCUACAGAGGAAGUGACCAAACUGCGUCCGGUGAGGCUGAUCAAGGAGGACGGCAUCAUCAGGCCUUAUGACCAGGUGGAGUCUCAGGGCUACGACCUGUUCCAGCGGUCGGGGAUCAAGCAGCUGGACGGUGAGGCGUUCAGGGACCACUGUGAGUAUCCGGGACACAGGAAGACCAACAUCAUCGUCACCAACAGGAGGGUUCUGUGCGUCAAGGAGAUCGACUUUGUGGGCCACUUCAACAAGGAGUGGGAGUGUCUGCUGGAGAACUUCUGCAGGCCGCCGGCCGUGACGGGCGGCCAGCUCCACAUCUACUGCAAGGAGCAGCAGAAGCUGAAGCUCCCUAAAAGAGACGGUCAGGAGUCGGUGAGGACGCUCCAGCUGAGAGACACACACACUGCCCAGAAGCUGCAGGCAGCGAUCGCAGACGCUCAGGCGGCUCAGCAGCAGCGCCGCAUGGUGAGGCAGAAGUCGCAGCGCUUCCUCAAAACCCCCAGCCACCAGUGAAGAAGAACAACUUCCUGUCCAGAGGACAACUUCCUGUUGGUUCCACCAAUCAGGCGCUGAGGCUGCCGAUGAUCUGGGUUUUUAAAUUUGUCCGGUUUGAGCAUUCACCCUUUCAGCUCACACACGUUCACGUUUCUCCACGUCAGCGAUCUCACUUCCAUUUUUUUCUUCCGACGUUCAGAUGAAAAACCCGUUCAGAGUCACGGCGCUGAGGUUCAAUCUGUGGCUCUGGGACUACUUUGUGGCGGAGGCACACUCUGCUGUUUGUUUAUGAGUGCGCCAGAAGGAAGCGGUGCAUUCAGGUGCGAUCAGAUGGCUGCAAAAAACGAACCUCCAUCUUCUUGUAAGUCAGAAAGCAACAAAUCACAUCAUCCUUUUCAUGAAGUCGGUUUGUUAAUCGUUCAUUUUCCGUCCAGACGGCCCCUGAACGCACCACAGGAGGCGCAGACUUCAGAUCAUGUGGGCAUUAAACCGAAUCACCGAGCCGAGAAAAGUCUGAAAAACAACAAACAGCGCGUCGAUGUUUUUGUUUCUGAUGUUUGAAACGAAACGUCGUCUGACGUGUUGCCGUGGAGACGAGGAGCGUGUGUGAGCUGAACUGAAACAGGUUCUAGAAAACGUUCUCAGGUCGGGCAUUUUUCCUCAAACUGAUUCAGCUGCAGAACCACCCUGACUUCCUGCUUCCUGAUGCUACUUCCUGCUUCCUGACGGUACUUCCUGUGGGCGUGGCUGUGGGCGUGGCGGUACUUCCUGUGGGCGUGGCUGUGGGCGUGGCGGUACUUCCUGUGGGCGUGGCUGUGGGUGUGGUUUGGGUUUCUCUGCUGAAAUGUCCUGAGACAGAUUUGGAUCAUUAGUCAAGAUCACUGAUGGAGCUGAUGUUUAUGGAUUUGUUUGUUUGUUUGAUCCUGAUAUUAUUUGUAAUAAAUGUGAGAAUUUCUGUCAAAAUUUUUGGUGAUAAAAACACCAACACAAACAUCUUUAUUAUUAUAUUAAAAAAUUUAAAAGAUUACAAAAAACACAUUUAUGUGUAAUCUCAGAAUCUCAGAAUUGUUUUGUUUGUUUUUCUUUCUUUGUUUGUUUUUUGCUAAAUGUACAACUUUAAUCUUGAACCUGAGUGUUUGUGUGUGACUUUCCUCGAGCCUCCAGCUGAAGUUUCCACCAAAGAUCUGCGUGCAAUGAAGAAAUAUUUGUCAAGUUUAUUUUCAUUAAAAAAAAAAUCCUUAAUAUUGUUUUCUGGGUGGCAGGAAUUUAACUUGAGUCUUUAAAUCUCCAUGUUGCUAAAAUGUUGUUCAUGUGAAUGGAACUGAAUCAUUUUUCUAUAAACUCCUGAUUGUAUGAA